AUGCUGUAUUUAAUACAGGCCGCUUGGGGUCUCGAGUAUCUUCACAUGAAAAAUGUUCUGCACAGAGAUAUUGCUGCAAGAAACUGCCUCUACGGUGAUAACAAGGUCAAAAUUUCUGAUUUCGGUUUGACUCGAGAAGGCACUGUCUAUCAAAUGGAUCCACAUAAGAGAGUUCCCAUACGCUGGCUCGCCCCCGAAACACUCAAAAUGGCCAUCUAUACGCAAAAGACUGAUGUAUUCAGUUACGGCAUAUUGUGCUGGGAAAUAUACAACAACGGAAUUGAGCCUUAUCCUGGCAUGACAGUUGCAGAAGUUAAUCAAAGUGUGAAGGAAGGUUAUCGCAUGGAAUUGCCUUUCUUUGUUCCACCUGAAGUGCAGACACUCAUCAAGGUCCGGUGCUGGUCCGAUAAUCCGAAUGAUCGCUAUACAAUGCCAGAAAUUGCAAAACAUCUCCAACGAACUCUACAGAUUCCACGUCCUGACUUCGCAGCUGUAAGGAUGCUAUUCAAUAUUUUGACUUGUCUUUCUGUUUGUGCAGAAGCAAAAGGUGCAGGUUCGAGUGCCGUCUGA